AUGAUGCCAUCGUUAACUAUCUUCAUCCCUAUGCUAUUGCUCUUCUCCACUCGUUAUAUUGAAGUUCCGUUCGGUGCAGCAUACUGGAAUAUGAUUAUUGCACAAACUGUGGCAAUGCAUAGCCCGUUGAAUACUGUCGCUGUACUGCUCUCAACCCGACGAUAUCGUCAAGCAUUUCUUGGGAUGUUCAAGAAGAUCUCGGGCAUUUGGUACCGACCAAAAAGAAAGUCUGGCAGUAUCAAACGUAGAAUAGUCACGCCUAAGUAA